UGGGGUGCUUGGAAGUGUUAGAGCCACACUGAUCUGUCCAGGAGCAACAUCACUCAUCUUGCCCUAUAUAUAUCACCACUUUCCAGUCCUAACGGCGGUUUGGUCAUGAAGCUCCAUCCUUCACUGCUGAUACUCUUGUGUGUCUUUGGACUGCUGGGUGAGGUCUGUCCAGUGUCUCCUGAGGGCAAUGCCACUGUCAGCUCUACUUCUCCUCAUGGCUCUAGUCCACCACAUCAGGUUAAGGAGGAAUGUGAUGCCUUAAACUUGGAAAGUCAGCGAGCAGUUGCUGGUGCUGUAGCUAAACUGGGACUGAAGCUUCUGGAGAACCUGCAGCCUGGAUCUGAGCAACCAAAUGUUGUCCUGUCUCCACUCAGCAUUUCUCUUGCUCUUGCACAGUUGGCUUUAGGUGCUGUGAACAAGACAGAGGAGCACCUACUAGGAGCUUUGCAUGCAAACCUGUUACCUGACUAUUAUAAAACCUUAAGCUGCCUCCAAGAACAACUAAUUUCCAAGGCCAUAAAAGUAGCCUCUCGUAUCUACCUCAAACCAGAUUUUGUCCUGAAGAAGGACUUUGUAGAAAAAUCCCUUCAGCUAUUCAAGUCAGCACCUACUCCACUCACUUCUGUAGAGGAGGUCAAUCAGUGGAUUGAGGCGGCCACCAAUGGUCAAAUAAACAACUUUUUGUCCAGUCUUCCACCCAGCGUAGUCUUGAUGCUGAUAAAUGCUGUUCAUUUUAAAGGGGAGUGGACAUCUCGCUUUGACUCACGCUUUACUGCCAAGGAUCUCUUCUACAUUGACAAACAAACUGCUGUUAAAGUGGACAUGAUGACGGGAUCAAAAUAUCCACUCAGCAUGUUUGUGGAUGUAGAGCAAGGCACAAAGGUUGCACGCUUCCCCUUCCAAGGAAAUACAAGCUUUCUGGUGGUCAUGCCCACACCAUCACAGAAUCUGUCAAGAGCAACGGCUAAUCUCAACAUCACAGACCUGUAUGAACGUCUUCCAAGUGAGACAACCAUGCUUGUCAAACUGCCAAAGAUCAAACUUGAAUAUAAACAGGAUUUGCAACCAGCACUCAAAAAGAUGGGUCUGGGGUCUCUGUUCUCUGGGCCAGACCUGUCUGGCAUUGCAGUGGGCCCAUUAGUACUUUCUGGUGUGCAGCAUGCCUCCAGUAUAGAGCUGAAUGAGGAGGGUGCAGAGGCCUCAGCGACUACUUCUGUUAUACUGGUGCGCUCAGUCCCCACUUUCGCAGUCAACAUGCCCUUCAUCUUUGUCAUCGUGGAUGACGUCUCCCACAUGCCUCUCUUCCUUGGUGUAGUCACCAACCCAAAUCCUGGUGCAACUAUUGAGCUAAGUGACGACCCAGAGAUCAUGGAGCCAUCAAGCAGCAAUAUACCAACUGAUGCACCACAAAGUGAUGACCCUUACUGGGAUAACAUGCUCCAUGAUGCGUCGGAUGAAUGUGAGGAGACAGAGCGAGUCCUCACAUAUUAGAAAGUGGGGGAACAUGGCCUAAGAGCAGCACAGAGAAGCAUGGACCUGUCCAUCAUACACUGUGCCUACACCUGACAUGCAUAUGGUAAAGUCAGUUGUAAAGGAUUCCACAAGGCUUGGAGUUAAAAAAUAACUACAUAUUCAAGCCUUCUGAUGACUUUAUGCUAGUGCAGUUUUAUACAAUGGACAUUCUAUGGACAAGAACACACCAGCAUUGCAGAGAUUACCCUGUACAUCAAAGUUUUCAUUUUGACACAGUACUUUUUUUUCUGUCAACCUGAAUUGCACCACCUGAGGUGGUCAGCAUUUUUUCUCCCUUAGAAUGGUCAGAAGGUAUGCUAAAUUGUGGCAAUUAAAAUGUAAUGUUUAAAUAAAUGUGUGGAACAUGUUA